GCAUAAGCGAACUUCCUCAUUAGCGUUCGUUGCAAACUGCCCCACAGUCCAGCGACGUUUCUGACUUAAGUUUCGCAUCGUCUUUCUUCUUUGUCUUUGAGCUUCAUAGAUGUCGAAGCCUCCUCCCAAGCCGGCCAAACCAGGCCAGGUCAAGGUGUUCAGAGCGUUGUUCACCUUCGACCCCAGAACACCAGAUGAGUUAUACUUUGAAGAAGGAGACAUUUUAUACAUCUCUGACACAAGUGACACUAAUUGGUGGAAAGGGACGUGCAAAGGAAGGUCGGGCCUAAUUCCAAGUAACUAUGUGGCUGAACAGGCUGAAUCUAUUGACAAUCCAAUGCAUGAAGCAGCUAAACGAGGAAAUAUGAGCUGGCUGAGGGAAUGUUUGGAUAACAAAGUUGGAAUAAACGGGCUGGAUAAGGCAGGAAACACUGCCCUCUACUGGGGUUGCCAUGGAGGACAUAAAGAUGUGGUUGAGUUGUUGCUAAGCCAGCCCGGCGUGGAGCUCAACCAGCAGAAUAAACUCGGAGACACUGUGCUCCACGCCGCUGCCUGGAAGGGUUAUUCUGAUAUUGUGGAAAUGCUACUUAAGAAGAAUGCAAGAACGGACAUCAAAAACAACGAAAAUAAACUUGCUCUGGAGAUGGCUACCAACGCCCAAUGUGCUUCACUUCUCAAAAGGAAGCAGGGAAGCAACAUAACCCGCUCACAGAGCAAUGCUGAAGAAUAUUUGGAUGAUGAGGACUCAGACUGAGCUAGCCCUGUAAAAAAACAUUGUCACUGUCUUCCAUUAGUUUGUGGGGGGAUCAAGAAACUUUCAGAGUUUUAUUACAGGACUAAAAUGGAUUUACUUCAAGUGUAACUCCAUUUUAGUUCUGUUACUUAGUUUAAACACUUCAGUUGUCUUCCCUCUGUCUCUUUUCAGUGUGAACCUCAAAGCACUGAAUUAAUACGACUCACAGUUAGGCUGCUUUGCCGUGUGAAUUCCCGCAUGAAGGGAAUUUGUCUUGGAGCAUCGAGAAUUACUGUGGGCAGAGGGGCAGAAUGUGUGUGGUGAGGUAAAAAGGACCGGGGCUCUUAAGUCUUAAGAGACACAUUCCACACAUACAGUCUAUGUUUAACCUAUUUAAAAAGGAAUUAAAGUACAAGAGCAAAUGAAGAGCUUGAUAGUCUGUGUAGGUACAUAUUUCAAGCUGUGCUUGAAUUACCAGCUUGACCAAAAGAAAUCACUAGUUCAGAGAGUAAAUUAUAAACAAAUUCUCUCUCACAGCUUGGAGCUCCAUUACAUAUGUAAACAUUAGGGAGGCAAUAAAAGGUGUAUUUUUAAUGUAAUGUUUCCCCUUUAAACCUGAUAUAAAAGUGAAAUGUUUUCAUAACACUUUAAGGGUGUCAAUUUUGUACUUAAAUGGGUUUAAUGUUUGAAUAGUUUUGCAUGACAUUAAUCUAAUGAAACCCAGCUGUUAAUUCUUUGGUCUGUUGUAACAUUUCCACAGGUUUUACUCCUUCCAGCUCACUGCAACAAAAGACCCCAUAUGAAUUAGACUGUAAAUUACUUUAUAAUCUCUGAAGCUUUUUAUGGUAUGAUUUCCAUCCUGGGAGCACUUUUCAGUUUUAUUCCUGCUUAUCAACAAAUUAUUUAAAAAAAAUGGUGCCUUAAGUGUGCGACAGAUUGUGGACAUCUUGUCAAUGUAAGCAAAUUUGUGUUUUAUUUUUUUUUUGUUCUAGAUUUCCGUCUAUCUUCAAACUGCAAUAAAUGUGUUUAACAUUCA